GUGCUUUGGCUUAACGUGAACGGACCAAUGGGAGGGCAUGGCGUGCUUCGUCAGGCUGACGUGAGGUGAAAGGUCAUAAAAUGGCGCAUGGCGGAGGUAAAAUGUAAACAACGCUGGUAAAGAAUUGGAGUUAUGAACGUCUUGAUUGGUUCAGCGCGGUGUUUUUUAUACACACACUCCCGGUGUGCAUCCCCAGGGGGCAGCAGAGCGUUCUGGGGCUGGCUGAACGCCGUCUUUAACAAGGUUGAUUAUGAGCGGAUUAAGGCAGUUGGUCCAGACCGUGCAGCCGCAGAAUGGCUCCUAAGGUGUGGAGCCAAAGUUCGUUUUUGUGGUUUUGAUCGCUGGCAGCAUGAUUACAAUGGGCUCCCGACUGGGCCGCUGGGACGAUAUCAAAUCCAGGCCAUCGAUGCCACAGAAUCGUGCAUCAUGUACCGGGGAUUUGAUUACCUGGAUGGUCUGGAGCAUGUAGAGGAGAUAAAGCUGCAGAAGUGUAUAUAUAUAGAGGAUGCAUGUCUGGAGCGAAUGAGUAAGACAGAGAAGCUGCAGAACAGUAUGAGGUCCAUGGAGAUCAUCUCCUGUGGCAAUGUGACAGAUAGAGGCUUAAUCGCUCUUCAUCACCUGAGGAAUUUGGAGUACUUGUUCCUUAGUGACCUGCCAGGUGUGAGAGAGAAACAGAAAACAACAAACACACUGCAAACCGCUCUACCCAAUCUCAACAUAGAACUAGACCUGGCUUAACCAGGCCUAACUUACUUUUUAGCUGAGAUUGACAAGUCAGAGAUUUGAGGUUGGAUGCAUUGUCGGUUACAGAAACACUGAUCGUUUAAACUUUGUGUUCUUGAGGAACUGUUGUGUGAUGUGUAAAGUGUUAAAAAAGCAGCAUUUAUAUUAAAUAUGUACUGCUGUUUAAAUCUGUAUGAAAA